AUGGCCAACUACCACUAUGAUGAGGCCGGGAACAUGGCUGCGUACUUUUUGAUAUCCGUCCUCGCUAUAAUAUUAGUCCCCGUGACGCUCUCCACAGUCACUCGCUUUGCUGCAGGGCAUCCGAAGGAUCCCAAGGGAUGUCAGUGUAAGUUGUGUGUAGAACGGAGAAGACAAAUUUUGGCGCGAACAAAGGGGUCACCGCUCAAGAUGAUUUUGACCAAGAGAAUGUUCUCUGUCCUGUUGGGGUGGUCUCUCGUUGCAUUCCUAGCGUACAAAGUCGCAAAUGCACAGGACGAAAACAAGGUCUACAACCCAUUCGAUAUUUUGGGGAUAGCAGCUGGAACUUCAGAGAAGGAGAUCAAAUCACACUUUAAGAAGCUUUCAAAACUCUACCACCCCGACAAAGUGAAAGCGACCUUGAAUCAGACGAUCGAUGAGAUAGAGAAGCGAUUCGUAGAUAUUACAAAGGCCUACAAGGCGCUCACCGAUGAGACCAUUCGUCGUAAUUAUGAAUUAUACGGUCACCCUGAUGGCAGGCAAGAAUUGUCCAUGGGCAUUGCAAUUCCUUCUUGGAUCGUGGAGGGUAAGAACAACGUCUGGGUUCUUGGGAUCUAUGGAAUACUGGUUGGUGGCGUCCUGCCGGGAAUGGUGGGGAAAUGGUGGUUCGGGAACAGAGGUCGCACUAAGGAGGGCGUGAGCGCGAAAACUGCAGAGGGAUUUUGGAAAGGACUAGCGGAGACGAGUGGGAUAACUGAAGUUGGCAAGGUAUUCGUGAACGCAUUCCAGCAUGAGAGAGUCACCAAGGUGGGUGGUGAUCUGCGCAAGGUAGAGGGGGAGAUAGAAAAGCGACUGGGGAAGGAUUGGUCUGAGUUGAAGAGUUCACCGGCGGAUGAAGCAUCUACCAGGGCUCUCGUGUUACUCUAUGCCCAUUUUCUGCGAUUAGAACUUGGCUCCAAGGCGCUGUUGGAAGAGCAGAAAUCUUUGUUACUUCAAACCCCUCUACUGUUAAAUGCCUACCUUAGUAUUGCGUCGGCGCGAAGCUGGUUGUCUCCGACGCUUGCUGUCAUGCGAUUACACGCUUACAUCGCCCAGGCUAUCGUUCCAGGAAGACGUAGUCUACAAGCACAGCUCCCCGGUUUUGCGCCUGAUGCUCCUGCCGACGAAGUGGACGAUCUCUCUGAUGUCGUGCGACAGCUACGAGAAAGUGGCGAUGAACGUGCCGAGGAAGCGCAGAAGGCCUUCACAGGCUUGGGCUCUCUGGAGAUUGUCGACAUGCGCUUCAAAGUCAUCGGUGAACGCGUUGUAACUCCCUCCUCGAUUGUGUUUUUGUUGGUGAAACUCCGAUUAAAGGAUUUAUCCACAUUGCCCAUCGAUGGCACAAAGAGCGAAGUUGCGGAACCUGAGGAUUCGCCCAGUAACAAUGAGAUCGAUGAGAAAUUUUUGCACAGUCGGCGGGAUGCGGAGGAAAUUGAGGUUGGAGACACGGGAGUCGCGCACGCUCCUUAUUGGCCUGGGCUGCGCAAACCUGGCUGGUGGCUUAUCCUCGCAGAUGACAAAUCCAACAGGAUUGUGGUGCCGCCCUUGAAAAUAAUGGAUGUUCCUCUGUCGGACCCCUCGAAGGAACGCAACUAUCGCUGCUACAAACUUCAAUUUCAGGCGCCCCCUAACGUGGGCCUAUUCACCUGGAAAGUGUACUUCGUGAGCGACACGUUCAUCGGUGGAGAAUCCUGUAGGGAUAUUGUGCUUAAGAUUGAUGACGUCUCUGCGCUGAAUGCUGAGGAACAGCACUUGGAGGACGAAAUCUCUGAUCCGGAGGAGGACACACUGGCUGGUCAAAUGGCAGCCAUGCGGGGGGGGCCAGUGAAGAAGGUGCCAGUGGCGGAGGAGGAUAGUGAUGAUAGCUUAACUGAUGAUGGUGAUGAGGACGAUAGUUCUGAUAGUGACUAG